AUGCAGCAGUAUCGAGCCGAAACACGGAAGGCUCCCGUCGGCCCAGCACUUGAGAUGCAGAGCCUCUAUCACGGUGGCGCCUUACAUGAUCAGUACAAUGUUGAUAUCGAGCAGAAAGCCGGCGAUGAUACUCAUUUACUGAACACCGCUGUCCGAAACUUUAUCUGGCAAGAUGUUACUGUCACGGUGAAGGACAACAAGACUGGGGAGCCAAAGGCGAUCUUGGAUGGUGUCGAAGGAAUUGUGAGAGCAGGAGAGAUAUGUGCUCUGAUGGGACCGAGUGGAUGCGGUAAAACCACACUCCUCAAUGUGUUGGCUCGUAGAGAUGCAGCCGCCGGUGCUCGCGUCGAGGGAGUCACCUUGAUCAAUGGGAGCAAUCCAUCAACUCGUGCUUUCAGAAGAAUGACAUGUUAUGUUGAACAAGAAGAUGCCCUGAUCGGAUCUCUGACCGUUAGAGAAACCCUGCAUUUUGCAGCUCGUCUCGCACACAAGAACACAAUUUCUAAGAUGGAUCGCAUCAGACGAAUUGACUCCCUUCUCGACUCAUUUGGACUUAGACACCAGCAACACACACUCAUCGGAACGCCUAUCCGAAAGGGAAUCAGUGGCGGUCAGAAAAGGCGCCUAAGUGUUGCCGCGCAGCUUAUCACUGCUCCGAAGAUCAUGUUUCUUGAUGAGCCUACGAGCGGUCUGGACUCAGCAGCCAGUUACGAGGUUAUUCAGUACAUCAAGAAUGUGGCCAAACGCAACAACUUGAUUGUAAUCGCAAGUAUCCACCAACCGUCCACGUCAACAUAUCAGAUGUUUGACAGACUGCUGCUACUCUCUGGUGGGAAGCCUUUCUAUUUUGGUACCAUUGAGGGAGUCGAAUCACACUUCCAAUCUCUUGGGUUUCCUAUGCCCUACCACACCAACCCAGCUGAAUUCAUUCUUGACUUGAUGAAUAUCGACUUUGCGAGCAACCACGAGGCUGCCAAGGAGAGACUGCACGAGAUGCAAAUUGGUUGGGCCCGAUCGCAUAAGGCCCGAGACAUUAAGGCUCAGAUCCAUGCCACAUCUAGUCUUGUCGAACCUCCUACAGAUACCAUGCCACCAAGCAGGAGUUUUUUCACUGUCGUUAUGACACUGGUCCACCGCUCAUUCAUCAAGAGUUACAGAGAUGUUGUCGCUUAUGGCAUUCGUAUCGCCAUGUAUGUUGGAUUGGCAAUCAUGAUGGGAACUGUUUGGCUUCGUCUUGGUACUAAGCAGAGUGAUAUUCAGCCUUUCAUUAAUGCCAUCUUCUUUGGGUCUGCCUUCAUGUCUUUCAUGGCUGUCGCAUAUGUUCCCUCUUAUCUGGAAGACCGCUUGACGUUCAUCAAGGAGCGAGCCAACGGUCUCUAUGGUCCAGCAGCUUUCAUGCUGUCAAACUUUCUCAUUGGCUUGCCGUACCUCUUCCUAAUUGCCGUACUCUUCUCUAUCAUUGCCUACUGGCUUUCGAACUUUCAACCUACAGCUGAGGCAUUCUUCACCUGGGUCAUGUGGUUGUUUCUAGAUCUGGUUGCCGCCGAAUCCCUUGUAGUUCUUGUGUCCACUGUGGCUCCCGUAUUUGUCAUCGCAUUAGCCGUUACCGCAUUUGCCAAUGGUCUGUGGAUGUCGGUAGGCGGUUUUUUGGUCUCGCCUAGGAUAUUGAAUGUAUUCUGGAGAUACGUUUUCCACUACAUCGAUUACCAGAGCUAUGUCUUCCAAGGAAUGAUGGUUAACGAGUUUGCCGAUAGAACGUAUUCCUGUGGCGACGAGUGCCACUGUAUGUAUCAGACUGAAUUAGCAUCAGAGUGUCGCAUUUCUGGGACGGGAGUCCUAGAUGAAUAUGGGUACAAGACCGGCCGCACAGGCCAGUGGGUUGGAAUUCUCCUAGGGAUCGUCGUGGGAUACCGUCUGCUAGGUCUGCUGGCGAUGUACAUCAGAAAGUAG